AUGUGGUUCUACUAUGCGGGUUAUUUAACUAUAACUCUUUCUACGUUCACUGUAAUUCUCCAGCUGGCUUACAUGCCUAUUAUUGUGAAGAGGGUAGAAAAUUCUCGUGAUAUUGUUCUCCACACGAUAAAAGGUUUUAAGGUUCUGGAAAAUGAUAUAACCAAAUUGAUGAACAGCUCAGAACGUGAGAAAAGAGCUGUGUCCUGUGCUCCUGCAAGACGUGGUCCCCCAGGAACGCCUGGAAAGGACGGCCCACAAGGUGCUGAUGGUCCUAUCGGCAAACGCGGUUUGGAUGCUCGCGACAUUCUAGCUGAACAAGAGGAGAAGUGUAUAAUUUGUCCAGCCGGGAAAAUGGGUCCUGAAGGACCGCCUGGAGAGCGUGGCUUACAGGGAGAGAAAGGACAUAAGGGAUCACCAGGAAUUCCAGCUGUCGAUGGGAUUGAUGGUGUUUUAAGUAAAUUGACCGUUCAGGUUUUGGAAAGAGAUAUAACCAAGUUGAUGAACAGCUCAGAACGUGAGAAAAGAGCUGUAUUCUGUGCUCCUGCAAGACGUGGUCCCCCAGGAACGCCUGGAAAGGACGGCCCACAAGGUGCCGAUGGUCCUAUCGGCAAACGCGGUUUGGAUGCUCGCGACAUUCUAGCUGAACAAGAGGAGAAGUGUGUAAUUUGUCCAGACGGGAAAAUGGGUGAAAUCGGCCCCGAGGGUGACAUCGGACCACCAGGCCAUCCGGGACAUCCAGGAAGACGCGGAACUGCUGGUAGACCCGCUGAAGGAGGAGUCGGAAAACCGGGACCCAAAGGAGCAGACGGUCCAGUAGGACGGGCUGGGGCGCAAGGGCCGCGAGGCAAGCGAAAUUACAUCUAUGGUCCUCCUGGGCCACCAGGACAGCCGGGACCAAAUGGGCUCGAUGGAGUAAAUGGAAAUGUAGGAGAUAGGGGACCUAAAGGACCACCUGGCGAAAAAGGAGCGGAUGCUAAAUUCUGCCCUUGUCCAAUGGAAUUGCAUAUGAUUAGCGAUUCAAAGGUCGGUAGAUAUCCUACCAAUUUUUUAAAAAAUUUGUAA